AUGAAAUUAUUCCAGAACACAUCAGAGAAAGACUCAAAGCUAAUGGCAUGUUACAGCACGAUUCCAAAAAAUGCGACCUACACCUCAGCAGCAAUGCAAAACGAAAUCAUGGAAUUGUUGAGAAGACACACUGUCAGCCUCGUGGUCGAUGAAAUAAAAUGUUUCAAUGUUCAUUACUUUAUCCUGAAAUGUGACGGAACGCGUGAUUUGAGUAAUACUGAAAAUCUUGCAAUUGUUAUUAGGUACUUGCAAAACAGCAGGGUUCUGGAAAAUUUAGUUGCGAUGCCAACUACUCAACAAUAUGAUACUGAAACAUUGGCCGACUUGAUAAUUAAGGAAUUAACCAACCUUUACAUUGAUCCAAAGCGUAUGUUGUCACAAUGCUUUGAUGAUGCUUUUGUGAUGCCUGGCAAAAUAGGUGGCAUUCAAAGAAAGAUUCAGAAUCGACUUGAGAAACAUAUACCUUAUGUUCAUUGUCUUAAUCACCAGUUGCAUCUUGUCGUGGUUAACACAAUAAAGCGGAUUCCGGAGUUAGCUACGUUCUUUGACACCGUUAAUAUUCUUCAUAAUUUUAUUAAACGGCCAAAGAGAGCUAGUCUCUGGAAAGGAUUGAAGUUGCCACGUCUUAUGGAGCAUAGGUGGUCGGGUCAUUUCACUGCCAUUGCUUCUGUAAUAGAAAAUCACUCCAAAAUUGUUGGUUUGCUAACCGAAUGCACAGAUUCGUCAGAUUCAAAAACGUGUAUAGAGGCAACUGGAAUUUUACAUCAAGUUCGUUCCCCAAGGUUUGUUUUUCUAGCCUUUGUUCUUAGCAAAUUUCUGCAUAUAAAUGGACCAGUAGACAAACAGCUUCAGAGUCACAAAUGUGAUAUAUACCAUGACCUUGGGCUUCUUAAGAUUGCAAAGAGUAAAAUAACCAAACUGAGAAACUCUUUAAUAUUUGAUGAGAUUCUGAAACAAAUGAGUCGAUUUAAUGUUAUUGAGGAACGAAUGUGUCGAAAAGCUUGCGGGUCCCGACGUUUUUCAGAUUAUGUUGUUGAAUCCCUGGUACCAUCACAAGAUGACUGGAUAACCUCUCAUCGCAAAAUUUAUUUCGUGAUCAUCGAUGAAAGCUUGGGAGUGCUAGAUAAUAGAUUUUCUGAGCAAAACGAUAGCAUAUAUUCUUCCUUGGCAAGUCCGAGACAUUUUUGGAUUUUGAUGCUUUUAAAACCUUUGAGCAAUUUAGUUAAUUCUGAUAAAUCGGCCUUACUUUCUGAAUUUAGUGUGGCAAAAGCAUACAUUUCCAAACAAAAUAUGAUGACACUGCUUGAUAUUUUUGGAUCUUUACGUAUUGUACAGGAUGCCUUUCCAAAUGUUUAUCCUUUGUAUGGCGCAGCAUUAACAUUUGGAUCUAGUACAGCUACAUGUGAAUCAUCGUUUUCGACGCUAACUCGAAUUAUGACACCCUUUCGACGAAAUAUGAAACACCAGCGAAAACCAAACCUCGUGAUACUUGCUUCUCUUAAUAAAUACAAAUCAAGUAUAGAGAAGGACGAUAUUCUUAAAUCUUUUGCCUUGCGUUGCCGUAGAUUGCAGUUGUAUUAA